AGUAGAAAUCAGUGAGCAAGUCCUUACAUUAUCUUAACUCUAUGUGUCGUAGGUGAUAUUUUGUUUUUCAUUUAUCUAUGAAAUUAUGACUGUACAAUCCAGUUAUUGACAAAAUAUCAUAUAAGGAUUUUCGCAGUUUGAUUGUCUAUAGAUCAAAGAUUAUUUACUGUAGAUUUUAUUUUCUAUGAUAAUAAAACAUUUGUCAUUAAGUACACUAGAAUUAUUGUUAAAUAAAGUAAGUAAAUAUAAAUGGAUUUUGAUAGUCCAGAUGUCAUGAAAGAUUUUCCAGGACUGUAUGCUUCAGAUCUCAAUAAAAAAUGUAGUAAUGAAAGUGACUAUAGUGAUGAAGUAGAGAAAGUAGUGAAAAAAGAAACAUUAAUUGGUAAACGUAAAGACAAGAAAGAUAAGGAAAGAGGUUAUGCAGCUCUUGGAGAAAGUUCUGAUGAAGGAUCAAGGAGUCCAUCAAAAUCUAAAAAGAGUAAAUCAUUCAAGUUUUCAUCAAAAUCCAAAGAAAAAAGAGAAAAAUCUAGAGACAAAGAAAAUCCUGAUAGGAAAGACAGAGAAAAGAAGGUAGAUAAAAAACUUGAAAAAGAAAAAUCCAAGAAAAAUAAAAACUCUGUUGAGGACACAAUUGCUUUUGCAGAAGCACUACCAAUUUUUGGGGUCAGUUUAGAAAUUUCAGUUGAAAGAAGUAGGUGUCAUGAUGGUGUAGAUUUACCAUUACCUAUCAGAGAAUGUAUUGAUUAUGUGGAAUCAGAUGGUAUAUCAUUUGAAGGAGUUUACAAAAUUAGUGGUACCAAAACUAAAGUCUCUCAAAUUAAAAAAAUGUAUAAUCUUAGGGAGAAUGUGAAAUUAAGCGAUUAUGAUGUACCUACAGCUACCAGUCUUUUAAAAAUGUUUUUAAGAGAUCUUCCAGAACCUAUAUUCACCAAUGAUUUGUUGAUACGCUUUGAAGAAGCUGGUGCUAUAUUAAAUUUCAAUACCAGAGAGAAACAUUUGAAAAUAUUAGUAGAAAACUUACCGCCAUUAAAUAAAUUAUUGUUAUCAUGGCUCAUUGUUCAUUUACAUAAUGUAUCAAUAAAUGAAAAACAAAAUAAAAUGAGUAAACAUAAUAUCGCCUCUGCCCUAAAUCAUACAUUUCAUGUAUCAUCAAGACUUCUUCAGGCUUUGCUUCAGCAUAGUUCUGCAUUAUUUCCAAACAUUGUAAUUUACAAAUACAUACCACCUGUAAAAUCAUGUGUACAGUUACCAGAUCGACCUCAACAACUAGAAAUGGAGUUAAAAAAACAAGAAUCUUUGUUGUCACAAAUACAUAAUGAAAUGAAUGUUGGAUGUAUAUCCAAAGAAAGGGAAGAGAAGCUUUGGGAAGUGCAAAGAAUUAUUACACAAUUAAAAAGAAAAAUGAAAACAGUACAGAAGAUAAAAAACAGUUCACAAAAAUGUGACGAGGAUAUUAACAAUGAACAUAAAAUUGCAGACAGUAAGUCUUGUAAGGAUCCUGAUAUAAAAUCUGCGUUGAGUGAUACUAUUGAAUAUGUUUCCCAUUCAGAUACUUUAUCAGUUAAAUCACAACCUACUUUGUCUGCGGUGAAAAAUGAAGCAAGUUGUGAGACUACAAUUGAGACAAAAGACCAAGAGAAAAACGUUACUGAACACGAGGAAUUUAUUAUUAAAAAAAAUGAUUAUUUGUUCGAUGAUGAUAUAAUACUGUUAACUUAUAAAAGAAAUGGACUAAUUCAGUUGAAAGAACAGUUAACCAAAGAUAUCCACAAAGAGAAAAUUGAAAUUGAUGUUUUAAAAGGCAAAAUUGAUACUAGUACUAACCAAACAAUUCCUCCAAAAAUAGUUAUUCCAAAACAAGAAAGUUUAGACCAAAUCAUGACAUUAUUGCAAAACGAAAACAAAAUUUUACAAAUAAAAAAAAUUAAUCUUGUUAGAAAAAUUAUUGAACAAAAAGAAUUGUGCAUAGAGUUUAGUGCACAACUACGAUUGAUGGAAAAUGAAAAGUAUUCGAAUUUUUAAUGUAACUGAAUGUCGACAAAAAAUAUAUUUUAAUUAGAUAUUAAAUUUUUAUUGAGAUAAUAAGUUUCAUCAUUUAACAAUCAAUUAUAUUGUUCAUAUAGUAUUUUAAUAAAAAUUUCUAUUAUAUUUUUAAUAGAAUUUAGGGGAAAAUGGAUACAAAUGUUUGCUUAUAAAAUCUAAAUAAAAUUAUCCUAAAACUUAGAACUAGGUAUUUGAAAGUACAAUUCUCUUGAUUUUAGGAAAAGCUGUGCAUUUUAAUUACCCUUUAAUUUUAAAUUAAGUAUAGUUAUAUGAAAAUAAAAAUAAGUUGAAAAAUGUAUCAAAAUCAAAUCUAAAAAUUGAAAUUCAUAGUUGAUAACUAUUAUCAUGUUUGAUUGAUGAUUUUAAUAUUUUGUUCAAUUCGACAAGUUCCAUAUUUUUGUUCCUCUUUUAGUAAAUAUACAGUAUACAUCCGACAUGUUCAAUGUUCCCUUCUUUUACUUACUGCCCAGAUUAAUUUUGCAGUAGUAAAAGGGUGAUACUGUAAUUCCACAACAUGACACUAUUCUACAUGUUGCAAAUAUUUAUAGUGAGUAUAUAUUUUUGUCCAAACAAUCUUUAAACUGUCCAGGUCAAAAUAUAUGUUUUUUCUAAUCGCCAGCUGUAAUACGGGUUAUUCGUGCAGACUCCAGUUCCAAAAAUUCAACAAACAAUGAAACCAUUUUUCAAACACAUCCGUAUCACUUUCUUAGUGGCAUUUGCCAGUUCUUCUAGUAAAUAUCAUUUCAAUGUUUGGUAAGAAGUGACUAUUGCUCCUUGUGCACCAUAACAGAACUAUCUUUUCCAGACUUCUGUCUGUAAUAAAUUUUUGUGUUAAUUUAUAUAUCCAUUAAUUUGUGAUAAUGAUGAAGUAUAUCAAAGAAGCCGGUUCUUAAAUUAGAAUAAUUCAACAUAAAUUGUCUGUAAAAGUAUGAAGAUUCAUUUAACUCAAAUAUCAACAACCUAUCAAUAGGCUAGAAAAACGUAAAAGCUACAUUUCCUACAGCGUUGUCACAAACCUUACAUUAAAUGCUAAGAUUUAGUGUGAUUUGCCUUGACUUCCCCUUACGUGAAAUUGACGCUAAUAAUAUUUUAAACUAAUUUUUUUUAUAUUCGGCAAAGUAAUAAACCAUUCAGGUAUACGAUAGUUAAUUUAUUUGAUAUAAAUAAAAUUCAAAGUAAAAACAGAUAAAAACAAAACUUUUUCAAAAUAUUUACUCAAUCCAAGGAGACUAUAUUUGAGUACUUUCUUAAAUGUAUUGUGUAAGCCUAGUACACAUAUUCUUCGAUAAAUUUUUCUUUUUGCUCAACAGUCUUGAAAUCAAAUUUUAGAAUACAAAUAAUUUUUUAUGACGUGAUAUAAAACUGACGGAAGUUCCAUUAUUAGAAGUAGAUACCACGAAUUGGGUAUUGAACACACUCUUUACACUAUCAUUACACCAACACUCACAAAUACACUGAUUGACGAGUGUUUUGAUAACCAAGUUAUCGUCUUCAGACAGGGUAAUUUGAUGUAGUGCUAGUGUAAAUAGUGUGUUCAGUAUGAAUAUCACAAACGGUUCAAAAAUUCCAAUUAGAGAAUUGGAUGGGAAAUGGUCCUUCACCUCAUAUUUGUGACUCGAGUUUUUACAUAAUUUUUUUUUAUCUUCCAAAAUAAAAGUACUCUCUACUCUAAAUCAAGUUGUUUAAAGUCUUUACACCGAUUUUAGAAUAUUUUGUGUAGUUUUUAACACUGAACACACUACCACAACCCAUUCUGUUGAAGAUUCUUUCCAAUCUCUUUGUAUAAACAACAAAUUUUUUACGUUUGAAUACAGCUAUAUCCUCAAUAAAAGUCCUUUUCUUAUUGUAUCACUCGAUGUUGAGUGUAAAGUGUAAAUUAUACGAUGUACCAAGAAAUGGAGAUUUCUUAUGUUGAAUACAAUGAAUAGAAUCAGCCAGAAUGUAUCUGCACGUAGCGGUGUUUUGCCUAAAUACAUGAAAUUCUAGCCGAUUACUAUUCUCAAUUACCAAAUUAUUUAAAAAUGGUAACUGUCUAUUAUUUUCCAUUUCAUAAGUGACGUUUCGAAUUGAAUUCUUGUACAUUUGCCUUUUUCGUAAUGAAUACAGCGAAAAUAUUUACAUACCUGUACCAUACUUUGGAAAAUAUUGAAAUUUUGGACUAACUUACUUUUCAAAGUGAUUCAUAAAUGUGUCAGCCAUAAACGGCGGCAACUGCCCAUAGCUGUUCCUUCGCCUUGUUUGUAGAAUUCGUUGUUGUACUGGCUCAUUUAUUAUGUCAGCUAUCAAAUUAUUAGAUCUCAGCAAGUCAAAAAGGUUUACGGAAUCGGCCCGCUGGGAAAUAAUGAAUUUACAUCAAAAGAGAUUAAAAUUUCCCGAUAUUCAGUUUUUCUACUUUUCACUUUAUUGAUAAGUUCUAACGAAUUCUUAACUGAAAAACUCUCCGGUUUGAUGGGUAGGUUUUCAAACUUCUCAAUCAACCACCUGGAAAUAUAACUAGGUGUACAAAUUGUUGAAACAAUAAAACUCAUUGCCUUCCCAAGUUUGUGAAUUUCGACGAUGAUGGGUUACUUACGGAUAACUUGUACCUGAGUAAACCGGUGACAAGGUUCUUACAAAUUCAUCACAAGUGUUUCUUUCACACUUGUGAACCUUUUAUUUUUUAAAAUACAUUCAAGAAUGUCACACAGAAGAAGUUUCCUAAAUGUUUAGUGGGUAAUUGGUUUUAAUGACGACUGUUUUCUAUUGUAUAUAAUGAAUAAUAUCUGUAAUAUCUGAGUAAUAUAAUAAAAAUCCUUGUUUAA